GACCUUGAGUUGUAGUGGUGAUAUAAACAACGAUCUUUUUUUUGGCCAAUGUAUUAAAUGCAAUGUUUCGGUUUUUUGUAUAUUGUGGACGCGCUAACCACGUCUAAAAAUUCAAAUAAGUAAAAUAGAUUCAUAGAACAAAAAUUUCGGAAGGUGGCACCCUUCCUUUAAGCAUAUACUUUUAUUUUCGGCUGCCCGAAGCUCCCUGAUCGUUCCACCUCAGACCUGGCACACAGCUCCCGCUCCCACCAGGAACACGCUCUCAUCUAAACACCUUGCAAGUUGCAACCAUCAUCCUUCCGGCACCAUCGUCCCCUGGAGCAAUACACUCCAUCGCGUGCACGGUAGCCGCACGUGUUUGGCACCGCCGCGGGCGCCUCGAGUGCCCACUCCAGGUGCGCCGCAAACCCUCGUCCGUUCGUCCAGGUGACUGUCCCAGGGCGACUCCCAUGAAAACCACGGUACCCGGCCCGCCGUCGCACCGUCCACUGUGAGCCGUUCACAGGGAUACGCCCCAGUUUACGCAAGGCAAGGCCGCACGCUACGCUCACUUGGCCCCACUAAUGGCGGCCGUCUGAGCAACGUUGCGAAGUUUGGGGGAAAAUCGUCGCCCCCGGUCGGUCGGGGUUCCAUGGGAAUGGCGGUAUAUAACUGGUGGGUGCCGACUGGAGGGCAUCAGUGGACUGUGAGUGUGGUGGUACAGCAGCACAUACUCAGCAGCGGCGCACAGGAGCCGCCAAUAUGAAGGUCUUCAUCGUUUUGGCUGUGGCGGCGGUGGCAUCCGCCCAGUACUACGCCUCAUCACCUGCGCCGGCCAACCGCUACGCCCCCACCGCCGCCCCGGCUCCGUCCAACCGCUACGGCGCGCGGGCCGCCCCCGCCCCCGCCAGCCGCUACGCACCAACCGCCGCCCCCGCCCAAGCUAACCGCUAUGCGCCCACCGCCGCCCCUGCUCCUGCCCCCGCUAACCGCUACGCACCCACCCCCGCCCCCGCCAACCGCUAUAGUCCCGCCCCGGCCCCUGCCUCCUCUGCCCCGGCCGCUGAAAACCGCUACAGCCCGGCUCCGGCUCCUGCCCCAGCCGGCGGGUACAGCGCUGAGGAGAGCGGCCCGGUCAAGUACUCGUUCGACUGGUCGGUGAACGAGGACGAGAACCAGUACAACCACCGUGAGAGUCGGGACGGAGACAACACAGAGGGAUCCUACUCAGUGGCGCUGCCGGACGGCCGCGUACAGACCGUCACCUACACUGUCAACGGAGACGGCGGCUUCGUGGCCACCGUCACCUACGAGGGCGAGGCCCAGUACCCGGCGGCUCCCGAGGGAGGAUACCAGCGCUCUCAGCCGGCCGCCGCGGCGCCGGCGCCCCAGUACGCCCCCAGCACCACCGCCAAGCCCCAGCGCACCUACGCUCCGCGCGCGCCGGCGCCCGCCACCGCGAAGCCGCAGCCCAGCUAUGCGCCACGCACCACCGCUGCGCCUACGGCCGCCCCGCAGCGCAGCUACUCGCCGCAGCCGACCUCAGCUGCGCCGGCCAGCUACCCGCAGCAGAACGGCUACCAGCGGCCGCAGACCUACUCGCCGCGCCCCCAGCCGGCCGCCCCGCGCGGCUACAGCGCCCCUAGCGGCGGAUACUCGCAGCAGCCGACCGCAGCGCCAUCUACCGCCGCGCCGGCGCUGCCCUCUGACGAGUACGGCGCGCCGCCGGCGGCUCCUGCGCGAGCUGCCUACCCCGAGUACAAGACUCCCAGCAACCAGGGGUACCCCGCGUACAAGACGACGGGCGGUCUGAGUCAGGAGUACGGCGCUCCCGUCUCCUACUAGAGAGAAACACCUGAAGGUGGUCUCUCACCCUCUUCCCCUAUGAGACAGCCAGAGAAGCUGCUGGUUUGAAACCGUUCAGGAUAGCUAAACGGCCUCCUCAGACCAAGCAGCACCGUAAAGCUGUUAUUCUACUGCCCAAGUCGCCUCCCACAAGAAAAGUGACCGCUGCCCCUCAAAUCCCAGACUUAAUGCUCAACGCUCACAUAAAAUACUCGCCUGAUUUGGUGACAUGAUCUGUGAAAGGCAUGGCUAGCUCAGAGCAGGCCGUAAGUAUCUGCAUUGUUUGGUCAUUGAAGUCUUGCAAGGCAGCCCAUAGCUCUUCAAGCGUAAGAAGUGCGAAGACGUGGACUCUCUCAUGUAAUAACUGAGGAAACUUCUAACGUAUUUAUUAUAUUUAAAAGUGUGAAAGUGUCGACUGUAGCGCCAUGAUUGUGCUAUUCCCGCAGUGUGCUGACCGGGAGCAUCAAUUAAAUCUACAAGCCUGAGCCAAAUCCGUCCAAUGUAUGUAUGUGUCGUCACUGAGCGUAAUCGGUGACAAAAGAUGUGUGCCUGUAUGUAUAUGUUGUCUAGUCAAAAUACACGGUCAGAAACUGG